AUGUCCAUGGAAAUAGAACUGAAAGUCAAAGAAGAAAUAGAAAGACUGGUCAAGGCAGGAUUCAUCAGACCAGCCAUUUAUGCUGAUUGGCUAGCCAAUAUUGUGCCAGUUUUGAAAAGAAAAACAAGGGCAAUUCGGAUCUGUGUGGAUUAUAGAAAUCUAAAUGAAGCAUCUCCCAAAGAUGAAUAUCGACAUAUAGGUGCUUUUGAAUACACUGUAAUGCCUUUUGGCUUGAGAAUUGCGAGAGCCACCUAUCAAAGAGCAAUGAAUUCUGUUUUCCAUGACAUGAUAGAAGUGUCCAUUGGGAGUCUGCUAGUUCAAGAUAACAAGGAAGGGAAGGAACAAGCAGUCUAUUAUCUAAGUAGAACUCUAACAGAAGUAGAAAGGACAUAUUCUGCAAUUGAAAGACUUUGUCUAGCCUUAUACUUCACUGCUGUAAAACUCAGACACUACAUGCUACCAUUCACCAUCUACAUCAUUGCCAAGACAGACCUAAUCAAAUACAUGUUAACAAGGCCAAUGUUGAGACGCAGAAUUGGCAAAUGGACUCUGGCUUUGACCGAAUUUGCUUUCAGAUAUGUUCCUCAAAAAGCUGUCAAAGGACAAGCUGUAGUAGAUUUCCUAGCCGAUCAUCCAGGGGAAGAGAUUGAGAACAUGGAUUCCUUGGAUAUAAAAAACGCAGAUUUAUUGACUAGAGCUCAUACUUGCCUUAACAAUCCCAUCUAUUCAGUUCACCUCACACCUUGGAAACUGUACUUUGAUGGAUCAAAGACAGAUGUAGCCUCUGGGGCAGGGAUUGUUUUGGAGGAUCCACUGGGGAUCGUACACUGUUAUUCUUUCCAGCUAGAUUUCCAGUGCACCAACAACAGGGCUGAAUACGAGGCUUUAAUCAUUGGCCUUGAAAUGCUAGUAGAAUUAGGAAUCCAAUCUGUGGAAAUGUUGGGAGAUUCUAUGCUUGUGUUAAAGCAAAUUGCUGGAGAAUACAAGUGUCUAAAUCCUUCUCUAGCGGUCUAUCUGGUAGCAGCCAUAAAUCUCUUGACAAAAUUCAGGGAAGCUACUUGGGAACAUAUCCCAAGAGAAGAAAACUGUGCAGCUAAUGAAAUGGCUCAGAUAGCAACAGGGGUACAAAUGCCUGAAGACUGUGUGCAAAGGAUCAUCAAGGUAUAG